UUCAACGAUGCGUUUUAGUUUUUUGUGUCACAGACUCACAGAGUUACAGACUUACAGCGUUACUGUGCUGUGCUGGUUGCUUAUUCUGUAGCGCGAGCAAUUUGACGCAGAUAAAUAAAAAACAGAAAAACAGAUCAUCAUUUAUUGAAAAGGAGAAAAAACUAAAAAAGAGAGAGCAGGGAUCGUCCAACGACGGCAACCGCUUUUACUCUUCCCCUGCCGCGUCCGGAAGAAGAAGAAAAAAAGAAAUUUCCCCCAAAUCGCGGAACCAAAAAAUUCCCAGUCCGGCCUGUCAGCCCGCUCGCUCACUCGUUUUGCUUCGAUCCGCCGAUUCGAUCUAUCUGCUCCGUCGCCGGAAACCGGGAAGGAUCUUCCGUGCUCGAGCACCGAGAGAACGGAGGCUGGGGAGUUUGCCGGCGGAGGGAAAUUGGAUAACGAUGGUGGUGGGAUGAGGUGGCGGAGGAGAGCUGGGAGCUGGAGAUGGCGAGAGGAGUGAAAUGGGGAUGUUCGUACAAGAAGACGACUCUCAUCGUUUGCUCCGUCAACAUUGUCAUCGCUCUCUACGUUCUUCGCUCACUCUACGGCUCACUGUACCUCUACUCCAACGAUGAUUUAGCUAACGCUGUGAAGUACACGCCAGAUGAGAUUAGUAAGAUGGAGGAGUCAAUUCGGAUUCGGAGAGCCAGUGAGCCGACGAAGCUUAAGAAAUUGGUGAAAAAACUGAAAUUUGAGUUUGGAGAACGAGACAUAGUGGAAUUGCCGGCGGGUGUCAAACACAAUCUAACGAAUGAGAUUCUCCAGAGAUUGAGAAGUUUGUCUAGUGAUGCCAGUAUCAACCAGCAGCGAGAAGCAGUUGAAAAAUGGCGCAAUGAGAAGCUACUAGAAGUCAAGAAGUCAAUUAAUCUUAAUAGAGGAGGGAAUUCAACUUUUGUUCAGGAAGAAGCUGGAUUGCUGGUAAAAGCCCUGGAAUCUGAUUGGGCAGUGCUCUCGGAGAACAUAGGCCUUUGGAUUCCUGCUGAAGUCACUAAUCCAGAGCAUGAUGAUAGACCAGAGGGUCAAGAGGAGCAAGAAGAAGAAACUUUGCCUGGUCCACCCGUUCCACAAGAAUGCCACGCCGAGCUCCAUACAGAUUAUGAUGGAGUGGCUGUCAGAUGGGGGCUUACCCAUCGUAAAGAAAGUGCUGCUGAUUGCUGUCAAGCAUGCUUGGACCAUGCAAAACGUGCCAAACCGGGUGAAUUGCAGUGCAACAUAUGGGUCUACUGCCCAGCUGAGAAUGGUUGCUACUCGCCUGAUAUUUACGAACACAAGAAUAUGGAGUGCUGGCUGAAAUACGCAGAGAAACCCAAACUGAACUUCAAGGACAGAUACUCCGAAGCGUACAGAAACUCCCACCCCAAUGCUCCAGUGGUCGUUCCCUGGGCUGCAGGGGUCGUCAGAUAGCAGUUCUUCAACCCAAACCCAAUUGGGCGCGUCGCUUACCAUAGACAAAAUUCUUUGACAAAGGUGUGAAGCUGAGGCUCUAAAAUGAUGAACUUCAUAGCACUCUUUUUGUUCUAUUUUCCCCCCUCAGUCUUCCCUUUUUCCUUUGAAAUCAUUUUUGGGCCUUUUUCUAGUUUUUAUGGGGUGAAGAAAGAGAAGGGUGGUUUGCAGGUGGAUCAUCAGAAUCGAUUUUUCGUGCAGAUGACACGGGGUUGAUGUUACCACUAAGCUUCGGAAAAAAAUCGGGGUAACUCUCUUUGCCCCAGUCCAGAAACAUAACACGGGUAUAGACACGAACAGAGGAACCUUGUUUAUGAAUCAGAAGCAGAGUUUAGAUUGAGUUGUAAGUUGGGGAAUUCGUCAGCACUGUAAUAUAGCUUUCUGUCCACUAUUAUUCUCCCGUGUCUCGUCAAUUAUAAAAGUACCCGAGAAUGGAACACAAAAGUCAUCUCUGUUUUCCCAUUAGCCAUUAGAAAGGAAUGAACAAAUAGUCGUUUUCUGGGGCAUGUUCUCUGUAGCAGAAUCAAGUUUCUUGCUCCGGGAAACAAACAUUAUACAAAUCA